CAGGAAGGGACAUAAACAAACAAACCCGGGGCCGCAUGGAGGGGCCGGGCCGGGCCGCGCGGGGCUGCGGCCCCCGCUGAGCACCAAGUCGACAAAUAGAAAAGCUCCAUCAGGGUGAACUGAAGUUAUCCUAAAGAAAAAUUUCAUUGCAUGGAUGUUGUAAACUCCCUGAGACUGAAGUAAAGCUGGAAAGGAAUCUACAAGUGAAUAAAACAAGAAGUUUGGAAUUGGAUUUGGGGAAUCUGGGCUUGGAAAUGCCUCAGCCCAGUGUGAGUGGAAUGGACCCUCCUUUUGGGGAUGCCUUUCGGAGCCACCUGUUUUCAGAGCAGACUCUGAUGAGCACGGAUCUCCUGGCGAGCAGCUCGGAUCCAGACUUCAUGUAUGAACUGGACAGAGAAAUGGACUAUCAGCAAAGCUCCAGGGACAACUUGCUUUUCAUGGAGGACUGCAAAGACCUUGAGAACUUGGAGUCUUUUACGGACAUCCUGGACAAAGAAGCUGCUUUCACCUCCAAGUGGGAGCAGUGGGAUACCUACUGUGAAGACCUAACUAAGUACACUAAAUUAACCAGCUGUGACAUCUGGGGAACAAAAGAGGUGGAUUACCUGGGCCUCGAUGACUUCUCAAGCCCGUACCAGGAUGAAGAGGUGAUAAGCAAAACACCCACACUGGCUCAGCUGAACAGCGAGGACUCCCAGCCUGUCUCAGAUUCACUCUAUUACCCUGAUUUGCUCUUUAGUGUGAAACAAAACCCUUUAAAUCCUUUGUUACCUGGCAAGAAGAUGGCGAGCAGAGCAGCGGCACCGGUCUGCUCCUCCAAGAAUGUCCAGGCCGAGGCCGCGCUGUCGGACUGUGCCCAGAAGGCCAGCAAGGCUGGCAGCCAGCCUGCUUCCAGCACACAGAUCAUGGCCAAGACCAACGUGUACAGCAGUGAAAAGGUGAACAUUCACGUUGAAUGUAAAGACUAUGUUAAAAAAGCAAAAGUAAAGAUCAACCCCUUGCCGCAGAGCAGGCCGGUGCUGAGCCAGGCGCACGCUGACGCGGCCAAGGAAAACACCUGCUACUGUGGGGCUGUGGCAAAGAGACAGGACAGGAAGGGACUCGAGUCCCCCCAUGCUCACAGCACAACUCCUGGUUUGCCUUUUAAAGAGACUCGGGAGCUGCUCCUCAGCCCUCCCCAGGAGAGCCCGGGGCUGGCUGUGGGGGAGAGCAGCCUCUCCGCCAGCGCCUCCGUGUCCGACUCCUCGCAGAAGAAAGAAGAGCACAACUAUUCUCUUUUUGUAACAGACACUUUGGGUGAACAGUCGGCCAAAGCAGAGCCCGAGGAGGAGGAGGAGGAUGAGGAUGAUAUUGAAGAUGAGGACCACGAUGAAGGGUUUGGCAGUGAGCACGAGCUGUCUGAGAACGAUGAUGAGGAGGAGGAUUACGAGGACGAUAAGGACGAUGACAUCAGUGACACCUUCUCAGAACCAGGGUAUGAAAACGAUUCUGUGGAGGAUUUGAAAGAAAUGACUGCCAUCUCCUCUCGGAAGAGAGGCAAGCGGAGAUACUUCUGGGAGUACAGCGAGCAGCUGACACCAUCCCAGCAGGAGAGGAUGCUGAGGCCCUCGGAGUGGGACAGGGACACCCUGCCCAGCAACAUGUACCAGAAAAAUGGGCUCCACCAUGGAAAAUAUGCAGCAAAGAAGUCACGGAGGACUGAUGUAGAAGACCUGACUCCCAACCCCAGAAAACUCCUCCAGAUUGGUAACGAGCUGAGGAAGCUGAACAAGGUGAUCAGUGACCUGACACCCGUCAGUGAGCUUCCCUUAACUGCCAGACCCAGGUCAAGGAAAGAAAAGAACAAGUUGGCUUCCAGGGCUUGUAGACUAAAAAAGAAAGCCCAAUAUGAAGCCAAUAAAGUGAAACUCUGGGGUCUCAACACGGAAUAUGAUAAUUUACUCUUUGUCAUCAACUCCAUCAAACAAGAAAUAGUUAAUCGGGUGCAGGUACCUAAGGAUGACAGAGGAAUCAACAUGGAACAAAAGUUGAACAUACUUAUUAAAGACACUCUUGGACUCCCUGUAGCUGGCCAGACGUCGGAGUUUGUGAACCAGGUGCUGGAGAAGACGGCGGAGGGAGACCCCACGGGCGGCCUGGUGGGGCUCAGGAUACCCAUGGCCAAGGUGUAGGGCAGGACUGAGCUGCUCCUGGGGCAGGUUCUGCCUGUGCUGCCGAGUUCCUCGCUGUAAAUGGCAUUCUGGUCUGCAUGUCAGCUUAGCAUUCUGUAAACACUCACCUGUAGGUUCCAUUGGUUUCAAGUAACAGUGUAGGAAAACAAAUCACGGCGUGGUAGAAAAUGCUGCAGAGCAUUUCUGGACCAUAAACCAGAUAGUUUCAAAGCUGCUUCAAGCUCAAGGGCAGAAAUGAGAGUUCUCUUUCAAAUGAUCUAGGACCAGAAUAUAUCACUUUUGUUUUAGAAGCAAAAACAUGGAUUUGCUAGAGAAAAAAAUAUUUUAGCAUUUGCCAGACAUUGUGACAGGUUUAUGGUCCAAGUGAAGUAAGAGGAAGCAUUUUUUUGGUGAAGCUGUCAAUGUAGGGAGUUUUUUGUUCUUUUUUUAUUUUAUUUUUAAAUAAUUGAAUUUUCUUUCCUUGUUCUUAAAAAAAAACCAGUAAGCUUUCUUUGCAACCAUUAACUUGUACAUAGCACACGCAGCAUUAGAGCUAGUGUGCCAUAUAAGAUUUUAAUUUUCUGAGCUUAAUAGAGUAUUUAAAUGUCCGUGCAAGCGAGAGAAAACAAAAGUAUAUUCUUUGUGCCUUGUAUUUUGUGGGGAGAGCUAUCAGUAUAAGCUGGUAAAGUUUUGUAUGAAGAAAACCCUGAGGGGCAAAACCGAGCUGUAUAGAUGGUGAAAUUUUAGGUUUUAAUGUAUUUGUUCCAGCUCUUAAAAAUUUUUGAAUGUAUAUAGGAAUAUGUUGAAAAUGUAGAUAUAUGCCACAGAGUCUAUGUAUUGUAUAAAAGAUGGCUCUAGAAAACUCAAUUUCGGUACUUUGGCCGGAAGAAAACAAAUACUUGCACAUUAAUGCGAUUGUUUAUUUUUGUACCAAAGACAAAUGCAACUGAUAUGGCGAACUGCCAGUCUAAGUAAAGUUUUGCACAGCUUAUAUGAUACUGUACUGAAUGUAAAAACAAAAGAAAAAAAGUAAAAAAAUUAAAGGUCAGGGUUAGGGAUCUUACUGAACUGUGAAUUUUUUUGUUUGGGUCCAAUUAUCUACAGAAGGAGCAUUCAUACAUAACAAUAUUAUUUUGCUGUUCUUGUAGUUCGCUUCCAUGGUAGAUAAGUUGGUGGCCGUCUUGGAGUCUUUAAAUCUUUUUUCUCUGCACUUACUGUAGGAGAUUUUAAUAUAUUUGGAUUUUAGUAAGCUAUUGGUAAAAUAGUUUUCGACUUUGAGAAUUUAAAAAAAAAAAAGUAUUUAGCUUGUUGUAGUAUACUUCCACCAAACAACCAAAAUAAAAUUAUUUUUAUUGUAACGUGUAUAUAUGUAAAGAGGAAAAAAAGAGCUACAAAUAUCUAAUUCCUUAGUUGCCACUUUUCCAGUUGAUGUAUUAUUAUGCAUGUGAUGUUUCCAAGGAUCAACACAGGCUUCAAACAAAACAAAAAAAAAAUUUAUAGACUUUUAUAUUUUUGUACAGGUAUUUCGAAACUAGCUUCUUCAGACUUAUAUGUGACUUAUUCUUGUUAAUUCAGUAGUUUCUAUGAUUGAAGAAUAUUAACACAAAGUUCUUAUUUGCUCUUCUGCUAAUAAGAGUUGGCUUUGUAGUCAGUGUUAACGUACAGAUAAAAGCUUUAGCCUUUGAUGAGAAAGUCCUUUAUCUCAAGGCAAGAUCAUUCUCUGGUUUCAUGGACCCCCCCUCCUUUUCCUCCCUGUUCUUUCUCUCCCUAUUUAAAGAUGACAAAACACUGUUUACUGAAAAUAGAAAUACCAAAUAUUUUCAAAUGUAGCUGCUGAAAAAAAAAAUGCAAAAGUCCAUGAAGGCUUUCUCCCCACUCCCUUUGGGGAACUUCUCCACUUUGUUUCUAGUUUGUCUGUUUGUACUGUGAUUCCUUUUUGUUUAUAAGUAGAUUAUUUUUGUAUCCAAGCUUGUACUAUAAGAGAAAAAAGCCUGAAUUGGUAACAGUGGCCGGUGAAAGUGGUGGCCCUGCCACACUCACAGCUUCCUUUGUACCUAAAUAUUUGGGAAGACUCAAAAGGGAGGAGGAGGCCAAAAUACCACUACUGAGCUGUACAGAAAGUCUUUCCUACAAGAGACUGAACAAAUACCCAGGGCAAUUUAGGCAAAAGUUUGUAAAUCCACUUAAGGCUUGCAAAAUCUGAGUGGAAUGUGGGUGUUUUCCUUUGAGGCGUUUGUGGUGGUGGUGGUGUUGUUGUUCAGGUGAGGUGAGAGUUGGCUGCUGCUUUCCACGGUGGGUCUGGUGUAUUCCUCUUGUUCUUGUGGAGCUGCCCAGGGCCCCCAAACCCCGACAGAGAAUGUGUCCUGUGAGGUGCAGGCUGUGCCCGAGCAGGGCUGAGCACGGAGCUUGUCCCUGUGCUCCAGCCAAACCCUGCAGGCCAGGCAGCAUCUCAGCAUGGAGAGAGAGCAGUUUGAAAUCAGGUAAAAACUUCUGGGACAAAUUCAACUGACAAGGUAUUUAAAAGC